AUGCCUCGUAUUGAAGUAUUCUCAGACUUUGACGGAACGAUCAGUCUCGGCGACACCGGAUGCAUCCUGAUUGAUUCUGGCAUGGGCGAGGAGGCCCGCAAGGAAAUGGACGAGCGGAUCAUGCGCCACGAACUGACCUUUCGGGAUGCGAUGGACAUUUGGUGGUCGAGUGUGAACCUGACGCUGGAAGAAGGACUGGAGCUCAUUCGGCCGGUCGAGAUUGAUCCGGGGUUCCUACAGUUCUACGCCUUUAUUCAAUCGCAUAACAUCCCGUUUUCGAUGCUGUCUUGUGGACUCGACAUUCUCAUUGAGCAGUACAUGGCCUGGCAUAUGGGUGAGGCCGAGGCGAAGAAGAUGGUGGUCCUGGCCAAUUACGCCAAAGUCGAGGGCCACAAGUGGAUUGUCACCUACCGGGACGACAGCCCUCAUAGCCACGACAAGUCUGUGUCGAUCAAGGACUCGAAGCAAAAGUUUAAGCAGGAAAUUAUGGACAGACAGAUUGAGAAGGAACAGGCGGGCGAGACGAAGGAGGAGCGGGAGGAGGAGCAUGUCAUCGUGUUUUGUGGCGAUGGUGUCUCGGAUCUGAGCGCCGCGCGUGAGGCCGAUGUGUUGUUUGCGAGGAAAGAUAGAGGGCUGGAGUCGUACUGCAGGACCCACAAGAUCCCGUUCUUGGCGUUCGAGACGUUUGACGAGGUGACGGAGCUGAUCCAGGGAUUGCAGGAUGGGUCGUUGACCAUGGGCGAAAUCAACCGUCGCCAGGAGGAGGAGUGCCAGCGCGAGGCCUGA